UUAUUUGACUUCAAAUAGUCCACAGUACACACCUUUAGUUUUUGGUUUUAUGUGUAAAGCUCAAUUGUGAUUUCAGAGUCAGACCAUAGGACAAUGUGUAGAAAAUCUUCUUGCCCGGAUAGAAAACAUUACAGAUGAAGUGCUCCCUUUGACCGAUGUGAAAAAAAUUUGGAAUAUGGUCCUCAACGCAUCAGAGAAGGUUUUAGUGCCAUCAUCAGCUGACCCAAAUAAACUGGUGUCAGAUGGAAACCGUGUGUUAAAAGCCAGUGAGAAGCUGGUGUCCAUGCUGGUGCAGCCGACAGACACAUAUGCCAAUGUCAGUUUUACUCUUGACUCUGUGGAGGUACAAAUCUUCAUGGUUGGACCAAAUGCAACCUUAGAUAAAAUCCCUCGACUUAACACAACAUAUUCUUUUGUGGACAUUGAUCUCAUUGGGAUUGCCAAGAACAACGAUGAAAGAUCAGCUGCUGUGGCUUUAUUGAGUUAUACCACAAUGGAGAAUCUCCUGAAGCCAGACUUCUUCAACACAUCAAAUGACACGAUUAAAACCAUGAUGUCCACUGUGAUCUCAGCUACUCUUCCCAAAACCACCAACACUAACCUCACCAAACCAGUCCACUUCACCUUCAAACACAUCAGAGAGUUUGACCCCAAAGGUUCCCUGUCCUGUGUGUACUGGAAUAUCAGAGAGUGGAUUGUAGAUGGUUGUUCUGUUUUAAAGACCAAUAGCAGCUACACUGUGUGUUCGUGUGUUCAUCUGUCGACAUUCGCUGUCAUCAUGCAAACCAGCCGCCCACCAGAGAGAGACUCACUGGUGGAGCUGUUGAAUUUGGUGUGUGUGUCCGUGGGGCUGGUGUUCUUCAGUUUGGCCCUGUUGACGUUUGCCCUUUGUCAGUGGAGUCCUAGAGUGAAUAAUGUGGCUCGAAUCAACCUCUGCAUCAGUCUUCUGUUGGCUCACCUUCUGUUCCUGCUCACACAACAGUUCCUGAGCCUCAUAAACCCUGAUAAGGUGUUGUGUGCCGUGAUAUCAGGAGUGCUGCAUUUCCUCUUUCUCUCCGGCUUUGUGUGGAUGUUCAUUGAAGCUGUGCUUCUCUUCAUCUGUGUGAAGAACCUAUCACAGAUCAGCUCCAUUAAUAGGGAGGCACUUAGCAAUGAAUUCCUGUGUGUGAUUGGAUAUACGGUUCCUCUGGUUGUGGUGGCCAUGUCUGCUGUGGUGGAUCCUAAAGGCCAUGGAAGUGAAAUAUGCUGGAUUCAAACUGAUGAAGGUUUCAUCAGGAGUUUUCUAGGACCGGUUUGCAUGAUACUAUCAUCAAACACAAUUCUCUUCAUCAAGAUCAUCAUCAAUCUGAACUCAACUCUCAAAAAUCUGAACGCUGAAGUUUCACAGAUGAAACAAACCAAGAUUAUGGUAUUUAAAACACUGGCUCAGUUUGUGGUUCUUGGUUGCUCCUGGAUUCUGGGUUUCUUCACUAAUGGCAGGAAGGAGCUGGAGAUCCUCUUCCUGAUCUUGAACUCCCAGCAGGGAACCUUCAUCUUCCUGGUCUAUUGUGUCCUCAAUAAUGAAGUUAGACAGCAGUACAGGAACUGCUUCAGACGUCUUUGCUGUGGAUGCAAACAACACUGAGGACUACAGCUAAACUUCAAUAUUUUACAAGUAAAUGUUGGUAAAUAAAAAUUAAAAAACCUGAAAACUAUUUUUAUGUGCAUGGUAAAGGGAAAUAACAAAUAAAUUUACAUUGUAUAGAAUCAGUUAUUUAGUAGAGUUAUAAAUUAUAUUUUUGU